UCCUCAGGAAUAUUCCAAGAUCCCAUCUUCAUCUUCCUUCUUUUAUAUCAUAUAUAUAUAUAUUAACCCCUCACCCAAAGUCCAUCUCUGAACCCAUCCAACAAAUCUGCUCCCUAGCUCCUCUUUUGAUCUCUAUACAUAAAUAAAAAUGUCUCUGAAAGCAAUUCAUGUAACGGAAGUGCCUAGCCUCGACAACUUCCAUGAGAAUCCCUCCCUCUGCGCUUCUCGUUUCUCGCCUGGUGGUCUAAGCUCUUUCAAGAUCCCAAAGUUUCUGGUUGUGGGACAUAGAGGUCACGGCAUGAACAUGUUGCAGUCGCCUGAUCCAAGGUUCUCUGCCUUCAAGGAAAACUCCAUCCUCUCCUUCAAUGCCGCUUCAAAACUCCCUCUCGACUUUAUCGAAUUCGAUGUUCAGGUCACCAGAGAUGGCUGCCCAGUCAUUUUCCACGACGACUUCAUCUACUCUGAAGAUAACGGAGUGGUCUACGAGAAGAGGGUCACGGAGGUUAGCUCGUCCGAGUUCAUGUCCUACGGGAAACAGAGGGAAACAGAGAAGAGCGGGAAGCCAUUGCUGAGGAAGACGAAGGAAGGAAAGAUCCUCAAGUGGUGCGUCCAACAAGACGACUCUCUCUGUACUCUCCAGGAGGCUUUUGAGAAAGUUGAGCCCAAGCUGGGUUUCAACAUCGAGCUCAAGCUUGACGACAACCUUGUCUAUUCCUCCGACCACCUCUCCCGUCUUCUCCUCCCGAUCUUGCAGGUGGUGUGUGAUUAUGGAAAAGACAGACCCAUCAUCUUCUCCAGCUUUCACCCUGAUGCUGCCCUCCUCGCCAGGAAGUUGCAGAGCAUCUACCCUGUAUUCUUCUUGACAAACGGAGGUACAGAGAUGUACUACGACGUGAGAAGGAAUUCACUGGAGGAAGCAAUCAAAGUAUGUGUAGAGGGAGGCCUCCAAGGGAUUGUCUCGGAGGUGAAGGGUGUUUUCAGGAACCCAGCUGCCGUCAACAGGAUAAAAGAAUCCAAACUCUCUCUGAUGACAUACGGGAAGCUCAACAACGUAGCCGAGGCGGUGUAUAUGCAGCAUUUGAUGGGAAUAGAAGGAGUCAUAGUGGAUCAUGUGGAAGAGAUGACAGAGGCUGUGAGGGAGAUGAUGAAGCCAUCCAAUAGAGAUGCUCAUGAUACUAAGCCAAAGCCAAACUUCUCUGAGAGAGAGCUCUCCUUUCUUCUCAAGCUCAUUCCUGAGUUGAUUCAACACUGAACUCUUAACUCAGUUAGUUACAUAUUAGGGAUAUGUUGUUUUCCCAAAAACUUGGGUAUAUGAGAAAUCUGACGAUGUAUGUGAGCCCAAAUGUUAUAGAUUGAUAUCAGUACUA